AUCAGGGAUCUUCAAUUGAAUUAAAAUAGACACGAUAAUCGUUAUUAAAUCAUAAUUCUCCUUUUUCUGUUGCCAAUACUCCGUACUCAUGGCGCGGCGCAUCACCCCCAGCCAUGGCGUCGCUCUCGGCCUCAGUUUCGUCCUCUUUACGUUUAUGUUCCUGCCCACUUUGGUCGUGCUCUUGGCGGUGAUUGUCUUCUUUGCCGUGUAUUAUCCGCGGUUGCGGAAGCCGGUUAACUCGGAUGACUGAAAACGAUAUGA